GAUUUCUUGAUUGUCUUUGGACAAUUAGAUGAACAGCACAGAAAUUCUGAAAUCGACAAAUUCAUUUUUGUGAAAUCCACAAAUAGAUGAAUAGCACAGAAAUUCAGAAUGAACUAGGUUAGUCCACAAAUUCAGAAAUCCAUUUGUGGAUAAUACCAUUUUUGAACUAGGUUUCUAUAAACAUAAUUUUGGAGUCUGAUAAUACCUAGCUGAUUUAUACAUAAUUCUCUCUCCGGUCGAGUUCUCAAACAUUUCCCUCUAUAAAAUUAUGUAUAAAUCAACUAGGUUUUUAUAAAAUUAUGUACAAAGAUUACCACUACUAAAUCAAUAAAUACAUUACUAACAAAACAGCAGCAUUCUAUGAACUAGAUUUCAGAAGAAGAAAUAGAGACAUACCCUUGGACAAGAAACAGAAUGAAGAAGAAGAAACAGAGGCCUCAGAAGAAGAAAUGCCGAACAACACAGUCACUUCGGCAGAGUUUUUGCUGGUCGUCGGUGGCCACCCAGGUCGGUGGUCGAUCUCAGUGGUAUUCUGGUCGAUCUCAGUGGUAUUCUUCUUCAACGGGCUCCUCUUUCUCUCCUCUCCUCUCUUUUCUUCUUCUAUUUCGCGCGUGGUGUUGGUAGAUUGACAGUGAUCUCAAAACUCAGCUUUAUCAAUUUCGGGGGAUUCGGGGGGUAAGUUUUCGAGCGACGUAGCGGAACUGUAUGCUUAUAUACAUUCAUUCUAGUUCUAUCAAUCUGUUUAUCUUUGUGAGUCGAUUGAAAUAAAGUUUACAAAUACAGAAAUUCGAUUAUUAUUUCCGAUUCUAUGAUCGAUUUUGUAUUCAUAUAAGAACUGGAUUCGAUUUUCUCUAUUUCGACGUUUCGUAACCUUCUGUUUGGUUGUCGAGAAAACGAAAUGGGAAAAAAAAAAAAUUAGAAAUCUCAAUCGAUUUUCCUGAUAGCGGUUAGUUUUUUCUGUCCUGCAAUUGUACCGAUUCAACAUCUGAAUACAUAUUUUUUCUUACCUCCUUUCUAAAAUGUUCUCAGCAACCAAACAGUACAGCUUCAAUUAACAUAGCCCUAACUUCUAGUCAUUCACCAAAAUUAAACUAGAUGUUUCAUUGGUUAAAAUAGGAAGUUUUGUGGUUAGUUUGAUCAUGCAGUAGUGCAUUUCUUAAUUAUUAUUGUUUUUGUUAUAUUGUAGGGGCUGAAAAUCUCUUGAACGAACAUAGGUUGUUGUUCUCUUUCUAGCAAUGGUUUCUUCGUCUUCAUUUUCUACAUGUACAUGACACGGCUCUGUGUCCGGCCCUAAAUCAAUGAAGUGUUACAGAGAGUUCAUUUUCAAUUGUUCGAGUCUCUUCAAACAAUUGUCUAACCCUAGGUUAAUUGCUCUAUGUGCUGACCUAACACAAUCAAGGUUUUUGUCUAAUGUGAAAUCAAUAAAUUGGGAACAAAGUGGGAGGCUCUUACCAAUAAAUAGAGUCCCAUGUCAAGCACUGAAAGUUGAAAAUAAGAUUUCAUUUUCGGUUGGGAAUAAAUUUCAACUCGAUGAUGUGAUUGAAGCUCAGCAAUUCGAUAGAGAUAUUCUUAGUGCUAUUUUUGAUGUGGCGCGUGAGAUGGAGAAGGUCGAGAAGAACUCAGCUGGCAGCCAAAUUCUGAAGGGGUUUUUAAUGGCUACCCUCUUUUACGAGCCCUCAACAAGAACUAGGCUUUCUUUCGAGUCUGCUAUGAAACGGUUGGGCGGGGAAGUUUUGACAACAGAAAAUGCUAGGGAGUUUUCGUCCGCUGCAAAAGGGGAGAUGCUUGAAGAUAGUAUAAGAACAAUUGAAGGGUACUCAGAUAUAAUUGUGAUGAGGCACUUUGAAAGUGGUGCUGCCCAAAGAGCAGCAGCCACUGCCAGUAUUCCUGUUAUUAAUGCAGGGGAUGGUCCAGGACAGCAUCCAACUCAAGCUCUUCUAGAUGUAUACACAAUUGAAAGAGAGAUAGGAAAGCUAGAUGGCAUUAAAGUUGGACUUGUUGGAGAUCUAGCUAAUGGAAGGACAGUCCGAUCACUUGCAUAUUUGCUCUCUUAAGUAUCAGGAUGUGAAGAUCUACUUUGUGUCACCCGAAGUGGUAAAAAUGAAGGAUGACAUAAAAGAGUAUUUGCAUCAAAGGGAGUAGAGUGGGAAGAAAGCAAUGAACUAAUGGAAGUUGCUUCUAAAUGUGAUGUGGUGUAUCAAACCUGCAUUCAGAGAGAGAGGUUUGGAGAGAGAAUCGAUCUUUAUGAAGAAGCCCGAGGCAAGUACAUUGUAGAUCGGGCUGUCUUGGCUGCAAUGCAAAAGCAUGCUGUGGUGAUGCAUCCUCUCCCAAGGCUUGAUGAGAUAACUGUGGAUGUUGAUGCGGAUCCAAGGGCUGCUUACUUUAGACAAGCAAAGAAUGGUCUUUACAUUCGGAUGGCUCUCUUGAAGCUUCUACUUGUUGGUUGGUGAAUAAUAUAUGAUCUCUGUCGUCAGAUUUUGAUGCAUAAUGCUCUCGUUACAUUUGUUAAUAUAAUUGUUAUAAUUGUUAAUUGAAUAGCUUUAGCUUUAGUAUAUAAAUUGUAUAGCUUUAGCUUUAUUCCUUUUUUUGCUUUCGGUGAUAGUGGGUCUUUGUUUGGUAUCCAAUGUUCCAUUCUUCUCUCUAUAAAGAGAGAGUUCCUUCUCUUUGUAAUUACAACAAACAAUACAAUCAAUAAUAAUACAUCAGUAUUUUACAUGGUAUCAGAGCUUGGUUAAGAACUUAGUAAUUCUGCUUCACCGGCGGGCGGCAGCCUCGCCUUGGCCGUCCGCCGGACAAACCCAAAUUUCCUUAAUUUCUUCUUCAAUGGCAGAUUCUUCAACAACACUUCACUAUCACAUCACCAGAUCCGGUCACAGUCGGAGGACCAUCACCGUCUACGCCGACCACGCCACCUGUCACCACUUCACUACCACUCCUGCUAGCUCACCACCGACGCAGAUCUCCGCCUUCUCCGUCGAACACUCACGCUAUGUCGUACGUCGACGCUGACUAACUUCGCAAACACAUAACACACCACACCCGGCAUCAACCUCUCAGCACCUCUUUCUCUGCAACUCCCUCUCUCUAGCUCUCUCUCUCGGCAGAGGGUUGGAGUACAAAAAAAAAAAAAAA